CCCGGCUGGAUCCUGGGAUCCACGCGACUUCAUUAAGAUGUCAACAUCAACAGCCUCAAAAUUACUCAUUUCAGCCACAAAGCUAUCUUCCGAGUCGCGCACUUGUCGGAUACAAGUCCGGGACCUGCGAGUGAAUUAUGGCUCCAGCUCAGCGUCACACCAAAUCUUCAGGCCCGGCAGCGCCUUUGAAAACCCUCGUCGUAGACAAUGGCGCCUACACGAUUAAGGCAGGAUUCUCGUCUGCUUCGAUCGAGAACCCGGUACACGAGAUAAUUCCCAAUUGCCUAGCGAAAGACAGAGACAGGAAAGUCUACAUUGGGUCGCAGGUGUCUACAUGCAAAGACUUCAGCGAAAUGGCAUUCCGCAGACCAGUCGAGAAGGGCUAUAUUGUGAGCUGGGAGGCAGAGAAGGAGAUUUGGGAGCAUGAGUUCUUCGACUCGAAGGCGAAGCUUCAUUGCGAUCCGAAAGAGACGGGACUGAUACUCACGGAAGCCCCCAAUGCUUUGCCCGUCUUGCAGAGUCAUUGCGAUCAGAUCGUGUUUGAGGAGUUUGGAUUCGCAAGAUAUCUACGUACUACUGGCCCAGCCAUGAAUGCCUACAACGAUAUCCAAUCCUACUUCAAAGCUCCUCCUCGUCCCGCAGAUGCGCCCAAGACUCUUCCCGCAGAAAUCUUAAUGUUAGUCGAUUCUGGCUACUCUCAUACCACCAUCACGCCUCUUCUUCUCGGCCGCCCCCUCCAGAAAUCCAUCAGACGCCUCGAGGUUGGUGGAAAGCUUUUGACGAACUAUCUCAACCGACAGAUCUGCGUCCGACAGUACGAUCUAGCAAAUGAGACAUACCUUGUCAAUGAGAUCAAAGAAGCCACAGUUUAUGUGGCGAAGGACUUCAGUGGGGAUAUGGAGAAGACAUGGAAAGGACCCAAAGGAGAUAGGCGGCCUGACUACGAGACUGGAGGAGGUAUAGCCAAGGAUUAUGUUCUGCCGGAUUAUCACGCAAAGACGAAAGGAUUUGUUCGGGACCAUGAUCCUCAAGCUGCGACGAAAUUAAAGGAGUUGACGAAAGGCAAGUCGAUGGGUGCCUCAGAAGAUGUUGUGACUCUGAGAAACGAGCGCUUCACGGUCCCGGAACUGCUGUUCAACCCAACUAAUAUCGGAUUAAGGCAAAGUGGCAUCGCUCAACAAGUUUUCGACAGUCUGUCGAGCUUGCCCCCCGGUUUAUGGCCCGGAUUCUUGGCAAACAUUGUGGUUGUGGGAGGAAAUGCAAACAUUGAAGGGUUUGUAGCUAGAUUGCAGACGGAAAUCCGAGGAUUGGCUCCAGCAGAGUGUAUUGUUAGAGUGGCAAAGGCCACGGACCCCAUCAUCAGCACAUGGCAAGGAGGUGCGAACCUCGCAAAGGAUGAAGACAAAAUACGACAACUGAGCGUCACUAAGGAAGAGUAUGAGGAAUACGGAGCUGCAUGGGUUGCAAGGAAGUUUGGAGGAAGGUAGAGAAAUGGGUCCGGCGUUCAGGUGCAGCACGUAUGAUACCCAAUUCAAACAUGUUCAAAUUCGUAUUGUCCAUUUAUUUAUUGGGUAUGAUUAACUGCCAUCGC